GUUCUCUGGCGACCAAGCGAGAACUUCCAACCUCGAAGCCCGCGAAAACCCAAGCCCAACCCGUGCAGCCCAUGCCGUGGCCUAUGCCGGUACCGAAGAAAGCCUCCCAGCCUGCAGCCACUGCCAGCAAAGCCGAAAGCAGUAUCGCCGUCCCGUCCACCAGCCUCGGGACAAGCUGGCUACCCGAAAGUGCCGGUGCCGGAAAAGGAACUUCCCGGCACCCCCCUGAAGCCCAAACUCCAGAACAACCAGACUGAGGAUGUUUCCAUGAGCCCACCGGUGCCAAAGGCCGCCGGGAAGCCUCCGAGCCCAACCAAGGAUGUGCAAAUGUCUACGCCGGGCCCCGCAAAGUUUGGCACACCUGUGAAGCCAGGCUACACACCCAUCAAGAGCCCGGACUACAAGAAAGCCCGGAAGACACUCUUUGCAGAUGAGGAGGUGCCAAGUUCCAUGUCUCAGCCUGAAGAAGUGCAGCCAGGCUCGGGGCCAGGUCCAUCGAUCCGCCGGCCAGACAGCCUCACCACGGUGGCUCGCUCAACAAGCACUCUGGUGCUGGGGGAUUUUCCGGAGGCAGAGGAGGAGCCCUCGACAAGUCGCCGGAGGUUGAUCUUCGAGGGCUACUAUGGCAUGCCGUGCACGGACAAGCAGUGGCCCCCUCUUCAGGAAGUCCAAGAUGCUUCGUCGAUGAUGCCCUGGAUGCAGGAUGCCUUGCCUCGGCAUCCGGAGCGCGGUGUUGUAUCGCUUGAUCAGUGCAGGAGCGACUUGCUUGUGGAUAUGCAGGGCUUGCCCUACAGGCUGCAAUUCAUCAAUGCAGCUUGGGUUCAGGUUGGUUCGUUUCAGGCACUGAAGACCAAAACCGCAACGAUGCUAGCUGCAGUCCACAACCAGUCCGAACAGAUGAUCCACAAGCUUCGGCAGCAGUUGGACAACGGGGAGUUGGAUGAGGGCCUACUGCACCGACGUGCUUCUGCCACGGAGCAGUGGAGGUCCAAGAAGACCAAGGAGAUCGAAGCCCACCUGGACAAGGCAGAGAUGGACGUGGAGGAACAGCUCUUCAUGAGCGAGCUGGAAGAAGCUAUGGGAAAAGUCACACUAGACGAG